GCGACGCCAACCGAGCGUGGGCGACCACCACGGACGCACUUUGUCGCUUUCGCUGAGCCUAGGACUUGGAGCAGGUGAUGUUGAAGUAGCUGGUGGCGCGGUCGUCCCCGCACCCGUCGCUGCGCCGGCUCCGUCUCGGAUCUACGAUAGUCUGAAUGGGGGCACAAGUGGCACGACCACUUCCAACCCGUACCCCGCGAUGAAUGCAGUGGCCCCACGAAGUCGCUUCGGCCCCAACAGCACGACUGGCACCAGCGGCGCUACUCGCUUUAUGGAUCGAACCCAGACGCGACCGCCGACAAAC